CUUCUUCUCAUCAUGAACUCCAUCAGUGUGUUGUGCUGCCUCAGCCUGCUGCUGGCACUAGCUGCCACGCAGGCACCGAAACACUGCGUUUCUCCUCCGCUGAUGAGUGGGGGCUUCUCCGUGAUGGCUGGCGAAGGACACUGGAUGUCCACUGGAAGAGUAAGCUAUGAUGCUUUUGGACAGAGGAUGCGUGUGAAAAACUACGUCAUUGCUAACAAUCAGUCCACUGGCACGGACCAGCUGAUGCUUUUCAACCAGAAAAUCUAUUAUGAGAUCAACUGGCACAAAUUCUCUUGCAAGAAGAAGCCCCUCGAUACCUCCUUCAUCCCCAUGCAUGUGCCUGAGGAUGCUGAACUAUUGGGUCAGGUGUUCAUGGGCUCCUCCUCCUCCUGGGGAAUGGGUGUGUUAGUCAACAACUGGCAGGGGAGGCUGCCAAACAACGGCACAUACUCAACUGUCUUCUCUGAGAUUGGCUGCAUCCCAAUGACCUACACCGCCUUCACUCCAGCGUCUGGAUGGAUCACCAUCAGCACCUUCAACUGGGUCCUGGGUCAAGUUGACCCAAUGGAAUACAUCCCACCUUUCUUAUGUGCCAAGGCUCAACUGGAGGAGACCGAGACACCACACACCUUUUUCACUGCCCUGGAGUCUCUGGCCAUGCAGAGCAAGGAAAAACUAGUGUAAAAAAUGUGGAGCAUCUUAACAAAAAUGAUCACCUGUCAGUGCUCUAGGGCCAAAUUUAAACAAAAUCAUCCAGUGGAAUAUGAAGCCAACUUCCCAAUGUGUUUCUGUUUAUGACCCUAAGCGCAGAUAACUAAGUGAGAGAGGGAGACAUUUCAUUAACAGCUUAAAUAAAAUUGUUUAAAAACA